AAAGACGGCGUCGAAAUUUUUUAGUCAGACUGUCAAUCAGCCCCGGUAACCCACUUACAAAAUGAAAUUCCUAGUCGUCCUCGCUGUCGCCGUGGCCUGCGCCGCCGCUGACGUUUCUCACAUCGUCAAAUCUGACGAAUCCCAAGCCCCCAUCCUAAGAUCCGACUACGAACAACAACCCGAGGGCCACUUCCAGUACGCAAUUGAAACCGGCAAUGGCAUCGUCUCCCAAGCUGAAGGUGUUGUGAAGAACCCUGCCUCUGAAAACGCCGCUCUCGAAGUUAAGGGAACCGUCCGAUACACCGCCCCCGAUGGCACCCCCAUCAGCUUGGAGUACGUCGCCGACGAAAGUGGAUACCACCCCACUGGUAGCCACCUCCCCGUCCCACCACCAAUCCCAGAGCAGAUCCUCCGUGCACAAAAAUUCAUCGCCGACCACCCAGCUCCAAUCGUCAAGAAAACCGUUUAAGUUAACCACCGCGACCUUAUUACGAACACUGCCCUAUAGAUAGUUUGUUUGACAACACGAUUUUAACCGACGUUUUUGUUUGUUAUUGUUUUAGCAUUGUAAAAUGUAAGAAGCGAUUUGGUAAUAUAGUGUGAUACAAAA